UCAUUCUUAUCCUCAUAUGAUUUUACCAGAUUAGCAACAACCCAUCUCUCUCCCUUUCUCUAUAUAUAUGAAUACAUAAACCCAUAAAUAAAUUUAAAAAAUACAAAUCUAGAUUAUCAAUGGCCAAAACAUCUGUAUUGUGUUGCUAUCUUUUGUUGGGUUUGUUGUUUGGUUAUGUGAGUAGUAGCAGUAAUGGGGGAGAGGAAGAGGUCAGAGUGUAUGAACUGAAGAGAGGAGAUUUCUCUGUCAAGCUCACCAACUGGGGUGCUACUGUUCUCUCUGUUCUUCUCCCUGAUAAAAAUGGGAAAUUAGAUGAUGUUGUUCUUGGGUAUGAAACCGUUGAAGAGUAUAAGAAUGAUUCAACCUACUUUGGUGCCAUUGUUGGGCGAGUUGCUAACAGAAUUGGAGGGGCACAGUUUACUCUGAAUGGCAUUCAUUAUAAACUACCUGCUAAUGAUGGAAAGAACACGCUCCAUGGAGGUCCCAAAGGGUUUAGUAAUGUUAUAUGGACAGUGAAAAGUUACAAACAAGACAGCCACAUUACAUUCACUUAUGACAGCUUUGAUGGUGAAGAAGGGUUUCCUGGCAAUCUUGAUGUGUCUGUGACCUACAUGAUCAUCCAAACAAACAAGUUGGCUAUAAAAAUGGAAGCCAAGGCUCUAAACAAGGCCACACCAGUAAAUCUAGCCACCCACACUUACUGGAACCUCGGUGGGCACAACAGCAGCAACGUCCUCUCUCACACCCUCCAACUCUUGGGCUCAAAGAUCACUCCGGUGGACAGCCAACUUAUCCCCACUGGGCAAAUUGUCCCCGUGGAAGGCACUCCAUUCGACUUCCUCAAACCCCGUGCUAUCGGGAGCAAGAUCAGUGAGCUGCCAUCCGGCUAUGACAUGAACUACGUGCUUGAUAGUGACGGUGACAACAAACAUUUCAAGAAGGUCGCUGUGGUGCAAGAUAACAAAUCGGGGAGGAAGAUGGAGCUGUGGAGUAAUCAGCCCGGAGUCCAGUUUUAUACAAGCAAUUUGUUAGACAAUGUGAGGGGAAAAGGCGGGUUUGUUUAUUCGGCCCAUGAUGCAAUGUGUUUGGAAACUCAGGGCUUUCCUGACUCUGUUAAUCACCCAAAUUUUCCAUCACAGAUUGUGAAUCCAGGAGAGAAUUAUAAGCAUAUUUUGGUUUAUAGAUUUACAACCUAGAAGAGCAAAGUAGUAGCAGUUGCUUAAAAUCACUAGCUUUGUUUUCUUUUUUUUUUUAAGGGAAUAAUUUUGUUCAGAUUUUGUUUUUGUUUUUGUUUUGUCUAUUGAAUGAAAUAAUAAGCUGUGUUUGAUGAGGUUGAAUUUUGAUUUAAAAA